AUGGCAAAGACACCUUGUCCUAUUGAAUUGGAGCCUAGGACUUUGAGUGGAGUGGAGCUAACUCAAGCAAGGGAACUAGCUGCAGAGGUGGUACAAAAGAUGGAACCAAGUGAAGCAUCCGCUUUGUUUUUUGAGGGGAUUAUACAUCCAAUAAAGGAGGAGACAAAUAUGGAUGAAAAUAAAUGCAAAAAUGAGAAAUUAAUUGAUUUCACAAAGAAGAAAGAGACUAUACCUUAUGAGAAAGUUUGCCAAUGCCAAUGUUCAAGUUCCACGGAAAGUCCUUUUUGUAUUGCUGGAGGAAAAGAGCCCCUUUCUGCACCAUUUUGA